UGAGCACGCGCUGCUCGGAGCUUCUUCAGUCCGGUCUGUUCCUCACAUCUAAGAGGAGCUUCAUUCCCCUGCGCGCGCUGUGUGUGUGUGUGUGGAUUAGGAUUACUGAACCUGCCUCCAGAAACACAGCUUCACACCUUUCCUGCUGUCUGUCUGUCUGUCUGUCUGUCUGUCUGUCUCGCAUAGACACUGUGUCUCUGAGAAGGUUUUCAUCAGCGCGUCUCCACACCUUCAUCAUCUGCAUCAUCAAGAGAUCGUGCCGGAGCGAUGAGAGACUCGGAAGCUCGGCCGAACUGACGGCUUCGUCUGACACGUCUGAGAGAGCGGGGAGCGAGCGACGGGCCAAGCGGGAAGACAGACGACGAGGAGAAGAAGAAGAGGAAGAAAGUGAGAGACCGGAAGGAGGUGUUUGGUCGGAACAGAAGAGGCUGGAUGCCAGCAUCCAUCAGCUCCAGGAGCUCCCAGGUGCCUCAGACAUGGCCUCCAACUUCAACGACAUCGUCAAGCAGGGCUACGUCCGGAUGCGGAGCAGGAAGCUGGGGAUCUAUCGGCGCUGCUGGCUCGUGUUUAAGAAGUCCUCCAGCAAAGGGCCGCGCCGGUUGGAGAAGUACCCCGAUGAAAAAUCCGCCUUCAUCAGAGUCUGUCCGAAGGUGACGGAGAUCAGUAACGUUAAAAACGUGACGAGACUCCCGCGGGACACCAAGCGCCAGGCCGUGGCCAUCGUCUUCACCGACGACACGUCCCGCAUGUUCACCUGCGAGUCAGAGCUGGAGGCCGAGGAGUGGUUUAAGACUCUGACCAUCGAGUGUUUGGGUACGCGGCUGAACGACAUCAGUUUGGGAGAACCUGACCUUCUGGCGGCUGGAGUUCAGUGCGAGCACACGGAACGCUUUAACGUGUUCCUGCUGCCGUGUCCCAACCUGGACAUCUACGGAGAGUGCAUGAUGCAGAUCACCCACGAGAACAUCUACUUGUGGGACAUCCAUAAUCCUCGCACAAAGCUGGUCACGUGGCCGCUCUGCUCGCUGCGCCGCUACGGCCGGGACGCCACCCGCUUCACCUUCGAGGCCGGCAGAAUGUGUGACAGCGGUGAAGGACUGUACACGUUCCAGACACGAGAAGGUGAGCAGAUCUACCAAAGGGUUCACUCUUCCACGCUAGCCAUCGCUGAGCAGCACAAGAAGGUCCUCAUGGAGAUGGAGAAGAACAGCAGGCUGUUAUCCCAAGGCUCAGACCCAGACUCCUACCCCUGCACACCUACAGCCAUCCUGCCUCGCAGUGCCUUCUGGCACCACAUCACAGGAUCGCAGGGGGCCGUGGACUCGAGUAACGGUGAGAUGUUCACGGCGUCUCCGUCGGGAGCCGAAUCGGACCUGUUCUCCGCGGAGCACCACAAACAUCCUGCACACUUCUCCACUUAACCCGGCCAACGAGGAGCUUCACGGACUCGCCUUCAGGUUUCAGGCCUGAACCUUCCUCCGCACUGUCCUCUGCCCUCUUCACGUUUGCUUUCCCCGCGCCGGGGACAGAUCUGCAGUGCCCCGACGCCUGAGUCGGGCCCGGUGGCUGGAGACGUGUCCUGAGAGGGAAUGCACUGUGAAAUGUGAACUACGGAAUAUUUGGAUUUUUUAUUUUUUUUCCCUCCCAACGGGACAAUAGCGGCGCACGUUUCUAGAAUUUCGUCGACCCUCUGAAAAUGGGGCGGGGCUCUAGGGUUAGAAAGAGCGCCACUGUAUGUCUCUCUCUCUCUCUCUCUCUCUCUCUCUCUCUCUCUCUAUCAUAUGCACAAUGAUCAGUAUCUCCGUCUCUGUCUGUGUGUCGUCGGUGCAUGUCCUCUUUGACUGUGGAGCAGUUUUGAGAUUAGUAGCGGGGCUGCGUUUCUCGUAGAUCGCUUUGCUUACUGCCGAGGACGAAUAGAAGAACGCGCAGAACUAGAGUAGGCUUCCGUUUGAACUGUAAAAUGGUUCGUGAGAUAUAAGCCGAGGAGGUGGCAGAAGUCCACGGGGAAAACCGCGGGACACUCGAGGAACCCCGGAACACGCCACCUGUCCCGCGGUGGUGUUUUCGGUUUUCUUUUUCACCGUUACGAGAUGGAUUCAUACCUUCUUCACGACCUUCUCCAGAAUGUGUGGCGUCACGCAUUUCCCGAAGCUGAUGACUUUAUGAAGGAGGGCCGUCGAAAGAAACGUUCUUCCGAGGGUCACGGCUGCGAGAUCCGUCCUUAAUCCGUUCUCUGACGGCGAACCUGUGGGAUGACGAGGAGGACUUAGAUGAGAGGUUGGAUUUCUUUAUGUACGUGAAGCACAACGUGACCGGGUUUGGGAUGCGCGUUAAAGGAAAACUCCACCCUGAAUCCCAGCGUUCGCACCGGAAUUUAUCGACGCGUCGGUUCUACUUCCGCUUCAGUCGACGCUUUCCUGCUGAUAGUGCUGCGGUGAGAUUUAUCCCCGAAGAGAGCGAUGCGGCGGCACUUUAGUCCUUCAGUUCAGUCCCGCUCGCUCACCUCCUCGUCUGUACUCUCGGCCGAAACGGAUCAGCUGUACGGCCGUGUUGCAUUCUGGGACUUCGAGUCCCGUAUCUCCACUAAUGUCCCUAAUGAAGACGAAGGAAAAAAUGUAACUAUUACACUCCGUUGUAAGUGCACGAGCAAUAACCAUGACAACGAGAACGCCCCCUGUGACAUCAGAGCGACACACGACCGCUAACUUCUCACAGGAAUAACGACAACAACAACAACAACAACAACAACACUAAACACACCGCUAACAUCUCAUUCCAAACAUACCCCGUGUGUUUCAGGGUGGAGUUUAACUUCGACUGCGUCACUCAGAAGUCCACGAGAGCAUCCUUCACGCCUCGCCCUGUCCACCAUCGUCCGCUCCACCGCUGACGUUCUGAAUAAACGCUCACGUGCAGAUAUUUUCUUCCGGGUGGGAUUUGGGUUCUCCAGCCUUUAGGAGGUUCGUUCUCGUCAUGUUCCCGAAAUGUGUGGAACAGCCUUACGUCUAAAUGUUUAAGUGCUUAUUCAAUGCUGGAGUCCAUAAACAUGCAUGCAAACGCACGCGCACACACACACACACACACACACACACACACACACAUAUAUAUAUGCACAUAAUGUUAUUUAUGUAAAACAAAUAAGGGCUAAAUUUAGAUGUUUGUCUUUUCCAGAGCUCUGCGCGCGCGUGUGUGUGUGUGUGUGUGUGUGUGGGUGUGUGUUAGCAGUCUUUGUCUCUCCACAAGGCACAUGUAUAUAAAUCUAUUUAUUUCCGAUGGAGUGAGUACUGUAUGUCAGUCAGCAGAAGGAGGCAGGCGCUGUUCGGUGUGUGUGAUUGUUUGUACGUCUGGUUAGAUGACAAUAAAAGCCAGAAGAUGGACCGCGUUAUGAAUUUCUCGGGCGUCCUGCGCAGUUCUUUGGGGAUAUUUUCCAUAAAGGGGGAAUAAAAAAAAAAAACCCCACAUCUUUGAGAAAUUUAUGAAUAUGUAGAAAUAAAGCGGAGCGUAUUGUCGAGUGUGUACGUUCUCUAGUAUCGUUUUAAAGGUUGGGGUUGUUGUUUUUAUUUUUAUGAGCUUUGCACGCGGUUGGCUUUCUUAUAAACAGUUGGACCUUUUGACUCUAUCGAGGACAAUUCUUCUUGCUGUAAAUAUUUUCAUUUGUCACACUGCCUGUCUUACAGUUAUCGCACAGACGUAUUUAGGAGCCUUACGAUUGAAAUGAACAUGCUCAGGUUUUCCCGUCCGAGCCUGAGCUCGAGUUACUGUCUGUGUGGCGUUCUCCUCAUGUCUGUAAAGGUUUCCUCCGGGUUCUCUGGUCUCCUCUCUCCUCCCAAAAACACACUGGGAAGUGUAUGACUCUAAACUGCUCCUAAAAUGUUGUGAAUGUUACGCUGUGACGGACCGGUGUCUCGUUCGUGAGGUUCGGCCUUCCCGGGAUACACCCCGGAUCCGUCCGCCAUCCCGACCAGGAUAAAGUAUUCACUGAAGAUGAUUGACUGAACUGAUGGUCUCGUUUGAGCCGGUGUGUCACGUGACCUGGGUCUGGUUACCUGUGUGUUUUGGCAGAAAGCUCGCUCUGGUGCCGAAAACGGUGGUGAAGUAUGAGCGCGUUUAAUAGUCAGGCUGAACGAUGAACUUGCAUGGAAAUCGGUUCAUGUUGUCCAGACUUUAAUCUGCAUAUCUCCUGGGACUCGAGGCCAGGUUGUUUUGGGUCAGUAAAGAUUAUAAAGGGUCAGGGUUAAAAUAUUGUACAGUUUGAGAUUUAAAAUACAGCCUGGUUUUAUAUACACUGGUUAAAACGGGGUUUAUGUACAAAAAAAAAUAGGCAUUUUAGCAUAUUUCAUAUGCAUGGCUUUUUUUUUCCCCACACUGUUAGUCUGUCCCUGCACAUUUUAUAACAGAAUCACCGAGAGGAACUCGCCUGAAAUAAAAACGACAGAAACAAACAA